AUGAAGGGAUUGUCAUCAUUUGGAAAGCAUCGCAAUAAGAUGCACACAUUGUACUGCCGCUGUGGCUCUAAGGCCUACCACUUUCAGAAGUUGACCUGUGGAAAAUGUGGCUACCCUGCCAAGCACAAGAGAAAGUAUAACUGGAGUGCCAAGGCUAAAAGAAUAAAUGCCAUCAGUACUGGUAGAAUGAGGCACCCAAAAAUUGUAUACCACAGAUUCAGGCAUGGAUUCUGUAAAGGAACAUCUCCCAAACCCAAGAUGCCAGCUGUUGCAGCAUCCAGUUCAUCUUAA